AUGUUGAUAGUGUCUAAUCGAAAAGAACUGUCUACUCUGAAACAAUCAUACGAAGACGAUCUACCUCCUGAAUCUGGUCCGCAUGAUGAAGAGUAUCCGCUGAUCCCACCUGAAAAUCCCGAAGCUUCACCGCUACCGAUAAUCGGCUCCGCAAUACUGCUGGUUGUGAUUGGUUUGGUGAUUUCCACCGUCGCGUUCGCAUCGCUCUACUACCAUCUUCUUCAGGGGGCACAUCGACUUCCCAAAUGGCCAAAACCAUCUAUCAGCCCAUUGGGGAAAUACUCGAAAGCAGCUGUGGCUUCGGAUAAUGAGUUUUGUUCGGAAAUUGGAAGGAACACCCUUCUUCGUGGUGGGAAUGCUGUUGACGCUGCUAUUGCUGCAUUGUUUUGUAUCGGUGUGAUGGACACUCAUUCUGCAGGAUUGGGUGGAGGGCAUUUUAUGACUAUUUAUAACGCAUCUACUAACAAAUGCACAGUAAUAGACGCUCGUGAAGUGGCGCCGAAAGCAGCAACGGAGAGAAUGUACGAGGGGAAAUGGAACGAAAGUCGUACUGGAUGGCGAGCAGUAGCGGUCCCUGGUGAUCUACACGGCUUAUGGACAGAGUUUGAAAAAUUCAGUAGUAAGAAGAUCCCGUGGAGAAAUUUAGUGCAGCCGACAAUUGAACUCCUCGAAGAAGGAUUUCCGACUUCUCAUGCUUUGGGGAUAGCUUUAAAAUCAAGAGAGCAAUACAUUGCUGGUGAACCCACCAUGAAAGAUUUUAUAAAUCCGAACACCGGCAAAGUUUAUCGUGCUGGUGAACAGAUCAAGACGAGGACUUCUUUACUGAACACAUUUCGUCGGCUUUCCAACUCCUCGGACCCUCUAAAAGAGUUCUAUCGAGGCGAUAUGGCUCGCGAAAUGGCUUCUGAAUUCCAACGAUACGGAGGUAUCCUGACAGAAGAAGACUUUGCCUCGUACAAAUCAAUAGUGAUUCCAUCUGAAGACGUUAUCUACACGAACCUUAAGAAUGGUCGAGUAAUCUGUGGACCUCCGCCACCAUCUGGCUCGGCGGUAGCUCAAGCGAUUCUUAAUAUCAUGGACGGAUACAAGUACGACAUGAAAAAGUUGGAGGAUAUCACCCUUCUCUACCAUCACUUCAUUGAAUCCUCCAAAUUCUCAUACGCGGUUCGUACUUGGCUUGGAGAUCCUGCGUUCGUACACAACGCAACCGAAAUCGCACGUAACAUAACAACAAAAGAAUGGGCGGAAUGGGUGAGGUCUAUGAUCACGGAUGAAACACAUCCUGAUGACUACUACGGCGGUUCGUUGCUCAGACCUCCACAAGAUCACGGGACCACACAUAUUUCGGUGAUCGAUAGCGAAGGAAAUGCUGUCUCAGUCACAUCCACCAUCAACCUAAUCCUUGGUUCUGGAGUCACUUCGCCUUCGACAGGGAUUCUAUGGAAUGACGAAAUGGAUGACUUUUCUUCACCUGGGCAUCCGAACUAUUUUGGAUAUCCUCCAACGCCCGCUAAUUUCAUACAACCUGGGAAAAGGCCAAUGAGUAGUCAGAGUCCUCUCGUUAUAUUUGAAGCGAGCACCGACAAAAAAACCAAGCCAAAAGUUUUCGUCGUUGGUGGUGCUGGAGGUUCAACGAUAAUCAGUGGAGUGACUGGAGUAGCGUUUCAUAGUUUGUGGUUGAAAGCGAAUGUGAAGCAGGCCAUUGAUGGUCCUCGUCUCCAUAACCAACUCUAUCCAAAUACUACUUUCCACGAGCCUAACUUCCCGAAGGAAUAUCUUGACGAACUUGAGGCUCGUGGUCACAUUCUUAAGAAGACCGGAAGUCUUACCGUGGUGACGGCAGUCGAACGAUUGUCUGACGGUCAAGUUUAUGCGAACAGUGAUUUUCGCAAAGGAGAGGAGAGCUCCCCGGCAGGUUACUGA